CAGUCCCCAACCCAUUGGCAUAAGGUAUACAGUAAAGUCUAAAGAAACAAAUACAGGUUUGUGAACCUGGAGUUCCAACGGCUAACUUUAUAAAAGUCGUCACUACAACCGAGGUCACAGGCCAUGCCGUCAGCUAUGAUAUGUUGGUUGGUCACAAUUGUGCCGCCACCGCCCUUGUUGACCCACGCUUUGAGCCCAUCCACAUUAAGCAAGGAAUCAUAAGACUGCAUGCCUAUGAGUUGAACACAGGCUUCCUUCUGACACUUGCCGGUUAUAUAGUUCCUGAGCCUUCCGCGUUUUUGUGCCAUGCCCGAAGACCAGGGGGGUCAUGACCCGUGGCGGCAAGAAGCUGUGCAAAUGCAAAAGGAUGACCCGGAACUGACAAUUUCCCAGAUCGCAGCGAGGUUGAACAAGCCAGUGAAAACUGUGAAGAGUGCUUUGGCCAAUGCCAGGAAAAAAGAGGCCUUGGCCAAGUCCGAGAAGGGUUCGCAAGGCUAUUCAAAGGAGGGCAGAAAUGACAAUGACAAGGCAAAUUUGUUGCCCUACCAGAUAGCUCCUAUUCCAGGUAAAGGCCUUGGACUUGUGGCUACUCGCAAGAUUUGCCGUGGAGAGCUCAUAGUUCAGGAAAAGCCGGUGCUGACAGCUUCUGGAGGUCUGGUGGGGUUUGCACUCAAGCAGCUCCAAACGCAAUUUGACCAGCUCAGCUCUUCAGUGCAAGAUGAGAUUAUGGUUUUGUAUGAUAAACAUGCACCUGAUGGAGUUGGAAAGACCCUUUCUGGAGUGUUUUCAACCAAUGCCUUGCCGCAGGGGGUGGGCUCGCCAGAUGCAGCACUGUGCCUUGUGAUCAGCCGAGCCAACCACUCUUGCAUCAGCAAUGCCUACCACGGUUGGGUGGACGGACGUGAAAGGCUGUACUGUGACACAGACAUAGAAAGUGGCGAAGAGAUUUGCACAAACUACAUCCAGUGGCAUAGGACCACCAUCCAACGGCAAGAUGCAUUGCAAGCCCAAUUCGGCUUUUUGUGUGGGUGUCCCGCUUGCAUGGAAGAAGAAACUUUGCGCAAGAAACAUGAUGCAAUUCGCUGUCAGAUCGGGGAGUUGGAUGAAGCCAUUCCAGAACUUGCAUUUUCACCUAGCAAAGCAGUCGCUUUAGUGGAAAAAGUGCUCGGAUUGUAUGAGCAGCUUGGCAGACCUGUUCCACAUGCGGCUGAACAACGACAUUGCUAUGACGCAUUUCAACUGUCACUUUCAGAGGGGAACAUGCAGGCAGCGAAACGAUGGAUUCGGCGAGCAUACAACGCCAGUGUGGUCACAGAUGGAAUGACUUCCCCAGGAACUUUGAGGUUUCAGCGAUUCAUGAAAAAUCCUAUGAGCAGGAUGCAAGAUGGGCCAUGCGUUUAGAGUCUACAGUGAUGAAGUCUAUACAUAAACAUGUGCGUUGAUGAGGUGAGCUGCGGACUACAAAUUGGCGCUUGAAGAUGCAGUUCGCUUCUACCGGCACUAUUGGGUACUGUCAUUAUGUUCCUAUUGCUGCAAUGCCAAGGGCCCAUUCAUUUCGUUCAUUCCCUGCUUUUGGGUGCUUCUCGAGAAAUUCCCAUUCCAUGUUCAACGGGAUCCAUUGGGACUUUUCUAAGCCAAAAGGCGCUGAGGAAACUCUUUCUUUGAUCUCUUGAAUCCAUGUUCGUAGGCACGGUGAUAUGUUUAAAAACUGUGUACUGUAUAUGUAGCCCAUGGAAUAGGUACCAAUCAAGUUGUUCCAGG